CUACUAGAAGGAAAAAGCCCCAUCUGAAGGGGGUUUUUGGAUGGGAUUUACUUUUUAUGGCAAUUCAAGGAAAUCUCCCAAAUCUUUUCUCCAUGGCGGUAUGGCUAUGGACGAUCGCGGCGUUGUGCAUAGCUCUGGUAUGGAAGGGGGCGGCAAAGCUGUUGCUCAAGCCCUGGAUCCUGGAGGCCAAGCUGCGGCAGCAGGGCAUUCGCGGCCCGCCCAGGUCGAUUCUCUCUGGAAAUGUUUACGAGAUCUUCCAAAUGCGCGCUCGUACAGAGGCCGAAUGCAUCCAAGGGCCGAUCACUCACGACAUUGUGGAAUACGUCCAGCCACACCUCCUCCAUUGGGCAAAACUCUAUGGACUUCCUCUGCUGUGGUGGUGGGGAACCGAGCCUGGCGUUGUUCUUACAGACCUUGACAUGAUCAAAGAGGUGCUCUACAACAAAUCUGGAGCGUUUUGGUCUCCGGAGUGGCAGCGAAAGUUCCAAGUCGAUAUUCUGGGCCGAGGCCUCGCUGUCGUGAAUGGAGACGAAUGGGCCUUCCGGCGUCGCAUCCUCGCGCCUGCCUUUCACGCAGAGAAGAUCAAGUUCAUGGUAGGGGGCAUGCGAGAUUGCGUAGCAGAAAUGCUGGAGAAAUGGAAUGCUCUCACAGAAGGCAAAGACGAGCCCAUCGAACUGGAAGUCUGCAAGGAACUCACGACGCUAACUUCGGACAUCAUAUCUCGAGCAGCGUUUGGCAGCAGCUAUAAGAAGGGUCACAAAGUUUUCGAGCUGCUGGAUCAAGUGGGAGGGCUUGUCUACAAGAAGUUCUCAUCACCAUGGAUACAGAGCAUGCUUCCAAUUUGCAAACUUAACAGGGAAAUCAAAACUGCCAACUCCAAGCUCCGCUCGACGCUAGAAGAGAUUGUCCAAGCGCGAAGAGAUCAAAAGUUGGCGGGAGAGAUCGACAACUAUGGAAGUGAUUUGCUCGGGAUUAUGCUGGACGAAGUUGAUGCCGGGCACCACGACGACAAAACCGGGCUCUCCUUCACCACAGACAGCCUGAUGGAAGAAUGCAAGACGUUCUACAUCGCGGGACAGGAGACCUCGGCUAAGUGGCUGGCAUGGACGAUGAUGCUCCUCGCCGCAAACCCCUCCUGGCAGGAGCAAGCCCGAGAGGAAGUCCGCCAAGUCUGCCAGUCCCAAGCACCAGACGCCGAGAGCUUGAGCAAGCUAAAGAUUGUCGGGAUGGUGCUCAACGAGAGCUUGCGCUUGUACCCUCCUGCCGUUUUCAACGUCCGGAGCUGCUACAAAGAUGCCAAGCUUGGGCAUUUGUCAUUCCCGGAAGGAAGCGGAGUGAUCAUCCCCAUCCUCUACCUCCUCCACGACAAGGACAUCUGGGGCGACGACGCCAACGAGUUUAAUCCCCAGCGCUUCGCGGAUGGCAUCUCCAGCGCCUCCAAGAGCCGCCACUCAUGCGCGUUUCUUCCAUUUUCUCAGGGCCAGCGUGUGUGCCUGGGCCAAUCCUUUGCACAGAUCGAGGCCAAGGUCGCCAUGGCCAUGAUCUUGCAGAGAUUUAGCUUCCGGCUAUCGCCCACUUACCGGCACAGCCCCGUGCAUCGGCUAGCGCUCCAGCCACAGCACGGCCUGCCUUUGCUCCUCGGAAGACCAUAAAGGUCCCGUAAAAAAAACCGUAAGACAAAGGUUUCAUAAAUGCAGUAGCUUACCAAUGUUACAAGAUGA